AAAUUUACUAUCUGGAAUGGUUGAAUUCUAAUGUUUUAGAACUGUAUCUUGAAAGUUGAAUUAAUGGGUAAUUCAAUUAUGUGGGUGAAAAUUACUAAUCUAAUAUGAAUCAAAUAUUGAUAUUUUGGCAAUACAAUCUGCAUGUUUCAAAUUGAUGCAGAAAAGCUUAUGGCUAUUAUAAAGCAGGUAGCCAAGGAAGGUGCUAUAGUUGUCUAUACCAUAGAUGAUACUUCCAUGGUCCGAGUCUGCCAAGCAGGCUUGCCAAUUAUGGGUCAUACCAUCUACUGAUAUACUGGGGCCAAUUGCAGAAGCAAUUGCUUCUCAUCUUGGUGUCUCACCGUAUGGCCUUCCCCGUGUGUUUCCCCUUUCAGAGGAUUACUUUUGAAGGAUUGAGGCAGUUGAGUUUACAAUCAAGCAGGAUGAUGGGGCACUUCCCCAAAACCUGCACAAGAUUGACAUUAUUCUUGUAGGUGUCCCUCGAACUGGUUAGACACCGUUGUCUAUUUACCUGGCUCAGAAUUGACAAAUGUACCUAUCUCUGUGGUAGUGGACUAGAAUUUGCUUGCAUGAUCCACCAUUGUCUAUUUUGCCUUGCAAAAGACUCUUUUCAGGGUAGAUCCAGAGAAGGUUUUUGGUUUGACCAUAAAUCCUAUUUCCUUGCAAAUGCUUAGGUAUUAGGAAAGCAGGGGCUAAAAGUCCAGGCCUCAGUUAGUAGUCAAGAAGCACCUAUUCUGAGAUGAAUUAUGUGAGAGAUAAAAACUAGAAUUUGCUCACAUGAUCUUUUCACAGAAUCCUGUUCAGCCAGUUUUUGGUAAGAUUAUCUAAUAUUAUCGUGAUAACUUUGCUUUGUUAGUUUGUUUCUACUUUCUUCUCUAACUCCUCUUAUUCUUCAAAAGAUGGUCUCUAGGUCCUAUUAUCAGAUCAUGGCAGACUCUCUUCUCUUGGCUUUGUAAAAGGCUAAAGCAAAAGGCUUUACUAAAUACCAUCAUCAAGUUGGCAUGGUGUGCCACUAUUCACCACAUCUGGAAGGAAAGAAACAACAGGCUUCAUAACAGAUUUUUUAGAUCUGAACUGUCAAUAUUGGAGAUGAUUUGUGCAGAUGUUAGAGAUCGGGUACUGAGUUUUGGAAAGCCUAGAAUGUCUCCUAUGCCACAUAAUAUAGCAGCAAUUUGGGUACUAGAAAUCCUUUGUACAGACAGAUUUGAUAGUUAGUUACAUUGUUCUUUCAUUUCUUUUGAUUGAUUCAUUCAUUGUAUCCACAGAACCCAGUAGCAACCUUUUGUGUGUUGCUUUGUAUCAUUGAGUUUUAGGUAAUAAAUUUACAUUUUACCC